AUGUCAUCUUAGAUGCCUCCGAACCUGUGCAACAGAGGUACAACCCUUUGGAUCAAGUCAACCAUACCAGGGUGAUGAAGGGCUUUGUUCUUCUGGGCUUCCCAUCCCUUUCGCCCUCCUUCCAGCUGCUCCUAUGCUCCCUACUUUCCAUCUGCUACGCCUUCACCUUGGUGGGGAACCUCUGCAUCGUAUGGGCUGUUCUCUUGGACUCUCGACUCAGCCGCCUGCCCAUGUAUAUCCUCCUGGGAAACUUUUCGGGUCUAGAGAUGUGUUACGUAACCACCACGGUACCCAGGAUGCUCUUCGAUUUGGCCUCUCCACUGCCGGGUGUCAUCUCUUUCCAUGGCUGUUUUCUCCAGUUCUAUUUUUUCUUUUCUAUGGGGACCACCGAAAGUUUCCUUCUUGCUGCAAUGGCCUUAGACCGAUACUUGGCCAUCUGCCACCCAUUGAGAUACCCACUGCUGAUGUCUCAAAAGUUCUGCUGCAUCCUGGCUGCUUCCUGUUGGGCUUCUGGCUUUCUCUGGUUUCUGGCACCCAUCGUUUUGAUUUCCCAGCUCCAUUUCUGUGGCUCCAAUGUCCUCGAUCACUUUAUCUGUGACCCAGGGCCGCUGUUGGCCUCUUCAUGCACUCCAGCCCUAGGCAUAGAACUGGGCUUCUACAGCCUCAGCUCCAUCACUAUUUUUGGUGUGUUCCUCUUCAUUGUUUGCUCCUAUGCUACUCUCCUCUGGACAGUAAUGAGGCUCCCUUCAAGCACUGGGAGACAGAAGGCAUUUUCCACAUGUACCUCACAUGCAAUAGUGGUAAGCCUUUUCUAUGGCUCAGUAAUGGUCACUUAG